AUGUUUGAAAUUUGUCUGCUUCAAGGAUAUCCACCACAACCACCACCGCCUAAUGCAUACUACGGUCAACCAGGCUAUGGGCAAUAUUAUGAAAAUAAUCCACCACAACCGCAGUACAUUAUUCAACAACCACCACAACCAGAACGACGAAGAAUGGAUAAGUCGCAAUGCUUUUUGGUUGCUUUAUUAGCAAUGUGCUGUGGAUGUUGCUUAGGCGAUUGUCUUGAUGGUGAUGAUGAUUGUGAUAUAUGUUGCUGUUGUUGUUAG